UCACCAGUCCUUGCCCAAUGAGCGGCUGCUUAGUGGCGGGAGGGCGGGGUAGCCUGGCGGCGCUCUGCUCGCCCUGGCGCUCUGCUCUUUCCGGUCAUGGAGGCGCUCGCCGCCCGCUUGUUUUUGCUCCUGUGGCUUGGGGCCUGUGCGCCCGCGCCGGGCAGCGCCUCCUCCGAGGCACCCUCGCUGAUCAACGAGGAGGUGAAGCGCACAGUGGACCUAAGCAGCCACCUGGCAAAGGUGACGGCCGAGGUGGUCCUGGCGCACCUGGGCAGCGGCUCCACGUCCCGAGCUACCUCUUUCCUUCUGGCUUUGGAGCCCGAUCUCGAGGCUCGGCUGGCGCAUCUGGGCGUGCAGGUGAAGGGAGAAGAUGAGGAAGAGAACAAUUUGGAAGUACGUGAAACCAAAAUUAAGGGUAAAAGUGGGAAAUUCUUCACAGUCAAGCUCCCAGUUGCCCUUGAUCCUGGGGCCAAGAUUUCAGUCAUUGUGGAGACAGUCUACACCCAUGUGCUUCAGCCGUAUCCAACCCAGAUCACCCAGUCAGAGAAACAGUUUGUGGUGUUUGAGGGGAACCAUUAUUUCUACUCUCCCUAUCCAACGAAGACACAAACCAUGCGUGUGAAGCUUGCCUCCCGAAAUGUGGAGAGCUACACCAAGCUGGGGAACCCCACGCGCUCUGAGGACCUGCUGGAUUAUGGGCCUUUCAAAGAUGUCCCUGCCUAUAGUCAGGAUACUUUUAAAGUACAUUAUGAGAACAACAGUCCUUUCCUGACCAUCACCAGCAUGACUCGAGUCAUCGAAGUCUCUCACUGGGGUAAUAUUGCUGUGGAAGAAAAUGUGGACUUGAAGCACACAGGGGCUGUGCUUAAGGGGCCUUUCUCACGCUAUGAUUACCAGAGACAGCCAGAUAGUGGAAUAUCCUCCAUCCGUUCUUUUAAGACCAUCCUUCCUGCUGCUGCCCAGGAUGUUUAUUACCGGGAUGAGAUUGGCAAUGUUUCUACCAGUCACCUCCUUAUUUUGGAUGACUCUGUAGAGAUGGAAAUCCGGCCUCGCUUCCCUCUCUUUGGCGGGUGGAAGACCCAUUACAUCGUUGGCUACAACCUCCCAAGCUAUGAGUACCUCUAUAAUUUGGGUGACCAGUAUGCACUGAAGAUGAGGUUUGUGGACCAUGUGUUUGAUGAACAAGUGAUAGAUUCUCUGACUGUGAAGAUCAUCCUGCCUGAAGGGGCGAAGAACAUUGAAAUUGAUAGUCCCUAUGAAAUCAGCCGUUCCCCAGAUGAGCUGCACUACACCUAUCUGGACACGUUUGGCCGCCCUGUGAUUGUUGCCUACAAGAAAAAUCUGGUAGAACAGCACAUUCAGGAUAUUGUGGUCCACUACACGUUCAACAAGGUGCUUAUGCUGCAGGAGCCCCUGCUGGUGGUGGCAGCCUUCUACAUCCUGUUCUUCACCGUCAUCAUCUAUGUCCGGCUGGACUUCUCCAUCACCAAGGAUCCAGCCGCAGAAGCCAGGAUGAAGGUAGCCUGCAUCACAGAGCAGGUCUUGACCCUGGUCAACAGGAGAAUAGGCCUUUACCGUCACUUUGAUGAGACUGUCAAUAGGUAUAAGCAAUCCCGGGACAUCUCCACCCUCAACAGUGGCAAGAAGAGCCUGGAAACUGAACACAAGGCCUUGACCAGUGAGAUUGCGCUGCUGCAGUCCAGGCUGAAGACAGAGGGCUCUGAUCUGUGCGACAGAGUAAGCGAAAUGCAGAAGCUGGAUGCACAGGUCAAGGAGCUGGUGCUGAAGUCGGCGGUGGAGGCUGAGCGCCUGGUGGCUGGCAAGCUCAAGAAAGACACGUACAUCGAGAAUGAGAAGCUCAUCUCAGGAAAGCGCCAGGAGCUGGUCACCAAGAUCGACCACAUCCUGGAUGCCCUGUAGCCCCUGCCCAUGUCCUCAGGGGGGCCCAGGGGUGCCUGUACUUCACAGUGGCAUGCAGAGUGGGUGGUAGUGGGAGGUUGAGCAUGGAGGCCAGUCAAGGCUGACAUCUGUAAAAGGCCUUUAAGGAGGAGAAAUCAGGCCUUGCCUCAGGCAAUGUGAGAAGCUUGCUGUUGGUCCUUAAAUCUUUCCUUUUUUUAAAAAAAACAAACAAAACCUUAAAAAUACUCCCAUUAAAAACAAAACAUCUUUGUGUUUUGAACAAAGGAAUUUUCAAUAUUUGAUCGGUAUUCUGUUCUGAAGCCUAGGAUAUUUUUUCAGCCUAUAAAGUCCCUUAUUUUAUGCCCUUCUAAUUCCUGAUGUUUAGGUAUUUUGUGAGUGCAUGUGUUAACUUUUUUUUAAAAGCGUGUGUGAACAAAUGGAAAUAAAGCAGGGACUGUGAACAUUG